AUGGCUGGAACACCGAUCAAGGUUCCGGGAAAGAAUACUCGUGACUCUAGCAAAUCUGCUGUUCUAGCUAGAAAGAUUAUGAAACGACCACCUGGGAGGCCUCUCAAGAAAAAGUCCUCAAAGGGCGCAUCACAAGCGUCAAAGCCUUUCACUUCCAUUCUUCGGGAGUCGAAGGUCCGCACUUUGAAGAACAUCAAAUCGAGACGUAAGAUGUCGGAACUUGAGAAAUUGCCAACGGAGAUUCUCGAGCAGAUUUUCUUCGGCUGUUGGAACUUGAGUUUGCCAGCAUGUAGUCCGGUCAUAGGAGGUAAACUAAGUAGUGCUGCUGUCUACAACAAGAUUAUUAUUACUGCUUUUGGUCCAGUUUGGGAUAGAUGGUAUGGGCAACUGUUGGAUCCAGGUUUGGACUUGGAUUAUAGUGGCAAUAGCAGUUUACAGUCUACUAUUUUAAAAUUUCGCUGGGCAAAGUUGCCGAUCCUUCUGCAAGGGCAAGACUUAUGGGUUCAGAAAAACGCACUGGAACGUCCAUUUCAGCUUGCUCUUGGGAUGGCUGCGUUUCACCAUGGGGACAAUAUAGAAGGUAUUGACCCCAAGAAUGCCUCGGCAGCUGAAUUACUUGACGAUGAUUUUGCCAAGUAUUGUAAUGCCUUUCAAAGAAUGGAUAUCUCUCAUACAGCGGAUGCCCCUGAAACAAUGGAUUUGAUGUCGAGUUUGGGUGAGAAAAGAGAACAAAUUUUCGACCUGGGUAUUCGCAAUUAUGCGAAUAUUGCUAAAGGUACCGAGAUACCUCAUACACUGUUAAUGGGCCCAUGGAAUGAGGAAGCUGUCAAAUACUUAUUUUGGUUAGUUAUGGGAGGAGCACGUAUUGAUUGGCUCGCGUCAACCAGCGGAGAGGCAGCUAUUAUCGGUUAUAAAAAUGCUGUUCGAGAGUGUAGAAUCGAGGUCAUACACCUCUUAUUGUAUGCUGGCGUCAUUCAUAAGCUUGAUGAAGACAUUUUUCAAUACACUCUCGAAAAUGGAGAUCCAAACAGGCAUUUUAUGACCAUACUUCUGAUGGUCUACCUUCCUUAUCAAGACCCUUACCCUUGGAUCAUUGAAGAAAUUUUCCGCUUCAGAAGUGGUCAUGAGCAUGAGAAUGAUAACAAGAAGGUUAAGUUGGUCGAGGAUUUCCUCACGGUAUUCGAUGUUUGA